GACUGGUCAAAAGCAAUUCACUUUUAGUCUAUAAAACUUGUUUUCAAAUGUUUCUUCUUAACGUUGCUAGUUACCACUUGCUCUUUUAUCCAACAAGUCUCUUUUUUAGCAACCGUUGUCAAUUAAUAAUUCAUCGUUUUAAAUAAUGUAACUUAAUUGUUAAAGGAAACAAAAUUAAACUAAUCAUUUUCCAUGGAUUGCUCCGAUUCAUCGAUUAGUUUUGGCCUGGGAAAAGAUUUUGAAGAGUUUGGACUGGAAUCAGAGGCAGAAUCAUGCCCUUCGUCUAAAUUGAACACUCGAUUAUCUAAUUUGUCAUCAAACAAACUGUUGUUUGUUGAAAAGAUAAGAGAGGGAAACAGUUGCUGUCAAUCUGGAGACUAUGCAAAAGCAAUAAAGCUUUACUCUGAAGCUAUUGAUUUGGAUCCAUCUAAUCAUGUGCUUUAUGGUAAUCGAUCGGCAGCUUAUUGUAGAGCUGGUAAAUAUCCACGAGCAUUGCAAGACGCGAUCAAAGCCCGAGAAUUAAGCCCGCAUUGGUCUAAAGCCUAUUACCGUCAAGGUAUUGCUCUUCAACACCUUGGUCGCUUCAUUGAUGCUUUAGCUGCAUUUGCUGCAGGUUUGGCUCAAGAUGUAAAAAGUCCCCAAUUACUUGCUCGUUUCAUAGAGACAGCUAUGAAAAGUCCAUUAAGAGCAACAAUAGAACCAAUUUAUCGACAACUUCAAGCCAUUCAAUUGGAUAAAAGUCCUUUCGUUAUAACAUCAUUGAUUGGUCAGGAAAUAUUAGCCGAUGGACACUAUCCAGCUGCUUUGGUAAUUUUGGAAUCAUCUCUUCGUAUUGGAACUCGAUCAUUGAAGUUGAGAGAGUCUGUUUACUCAUCACUGGCUGCUGCUUAUUGGGCUUUGGGUGAAGUUGAAAAAGCUUUACACUUCAUGAAACAGGAUCUCGAGGUGGCUAAAUCUCUUGGUGAUCAAAUCGGCGAGUGUCGAGCUCAUGGAAAUCUUGGAGCUGCCUAUUUUUGUAAAGGAAACUACAAAGAAGCUUGUACAGCACAUCAAAUGCAACUUAUGUUAGCCAUGAAAGGAAAACACACGGAUCAAGCGGUCGCUGCAUUAUCAGCUUUGGGUCACGUUUAUUGGGCAAUAGAUGAUUUGGUUAAUGCUUUAUCGUCCCAUUCGCAAGCUUUGCAGAUGGUCAGAAAUAUAGGUGAUACUUCAGCUGAAGCGCAAGAAAUCGGUAAUGUUGGCUCAGUUUAUCUUGCUAUGUCAGAAUACGAUAAGUCCAUAGAAUGUCACUCUGAACAUCUGAAGUUAUCCAAAACCUGUGGAAAUAGAAUGGAAGAAGCUAAAGCAGUUUCCAAUCUGGCCGCAGCAUAUCAUGCUAAGAAAGAGUAUGAAACAGCAAUACAAUACAAUGAACAACUUCUUAGAUUGGCUCAAGAAGUUGGUAACCGUAAUAUGGAAGCUAGAGCCUACGCGGGAUUUGGUCAUGCUGCUCGUUGUCUUGGGGAUCUUACUGCAGCAAAACGAUGGCAUCAAAGACAAUUAGAAAUGGUUUUGAUAACCAAAAAUCGGCUUGGUGAAGGACGAACUUUAGCCAACCUUGGUGUAGUUUACUACCUGCUUGGUGAUUUUGACUCGGCGCUCAAAUUACACAGAGAAUCACUCUCAAUCGCUCGAUCGUUGAAUGAUUUGACUGGAAUGAGAAAAGCACUCGGAAACAUAACUAAAUGCUAUUCAGCUAUUAACGAUUUUGAUGAGGCAAUGAAAUACCAGCAACAAGAAAUAGCCAUUUGUGAAAAGCAACCAUUACCUAUAGCACCACUUUACGAUGACCCUGAUCUUGAUAAUGAUAGAUUGGAUUUUAAUGAUGGAAAUAGCUCCUCUGAUUUAGCUAACAUUGACUCACAAUUCAUUCCAAUUUCAAAAUAAUUGAUUCUUCAAUUUCACUCGUUUUGAGUAGGAUCAUCUCAUUUCAGCAAUUUCAUCCUCUAAAUCAAUCGUUUAUUGGAUCUUCCUUUUUAAAUAAGUCUUUUGUGUUUCCAUUGAUGUAUAAAUUGUGAUUUUUUGUAUGAUAUAUCGAAUCUGAUAAAAUAAUAAAAUAAUGUUUAAAAACUGA